UUUCGAAGUGACGUUGCAGGAUAUUAGCAAGCUUGAAUCUAUUGGACUUAUUAAAUAUGACUUCAUGGAGAUUCAAAUGUUCAAAUCAAACGAAAAUGAAGUUAAAAUUAAAUACAUCAAAAAUACUGGGGAGGAAGAAUUUACUUAUCCUUUUGCUCCGUCCAAUUUGUUUACUGCUGGUUGUGGUAUGGUAACUUCUCCAACAAACGAUUUAUUUGACAAACCGAAGACUUUUGUUUUUUUUACCGUGAAUGGACAUUUUAUUGGUAUUUUUUAA